CCCUCUUUGUUUUUAGUUUCUAGCCACAUGAUUCCUCUUCUCUUAUUCUCCUCCUUCUUCCUCCUCCUCCUCCUCCAAUGGCGCCACCCGAGGCACAAACUCCUCCCUCCCGGCUCCGUGGGCUGGCCUUACAUCGGCGAAACCUUCAAACUCUACACCCAAAACCCCAACUCCUUCUUCUCCGUCAGGCAAAAACGAUACGGGGACGUUUUUAAGACGCAUAUAUUGGGGUGUCCAUGUGUGAUGAUAUCAAGCCCAGAGGCAGCAAGAGUGGUGCUUGUGAGCAAGGCUCAUCUUUUCAAGCCCACAUAUCCACCAAGCAAAGAGAAAAUGAUUGGCCCUGAGGCAUUGUUUUUCCACCAAGGCUCCUACCAUUCAUGCCUUAAGAAGCUGGUCCAAGCUUCAUUUUUGCCCUCUGCCAUCAGACCAUCUGUCUCCCAAAUUGAGGCCAUUGUUCUUAGGCUUCUCCCCUCUUGGAACAACUCCCAACAAAUCAACACCUUGCACCAAAUGAAAAGGUUUGCUUUCGAUGUCGCGAUGAUCUCGGCUUUUGGAGAACAACAAGAAUUGGAAAUCGACAGAAUCAAACAUCUCUACCAAUGCCUCGAGAAAGGCUACAAUUCAAUGCCUAUCGAUCUCCCCGGAACUCCUUUUCGCAAAGCUAUGAAGGCAAGGAAGUUGUUGAGUGAGACAUUGGGGAGACUGAUAGAGAAGCGACGGCGGAGGAAGGAGCACGGCGGCGGGCUGCUCGGGGUGCUAUUGGGUGGCGGUAGCGACGGCGGAGAUGAGGCGGAGAAAAACAAGCUGAGUGAUUCACAAAUAGCUGAUAAUAUAAUAGGAGUAAUAUUUGCAGCUCAAGACACGACUGCUAGUGUGUUAACAUGGAUUCUCAAGUACUUGCACGACAAUCACCAUCUUCUCGAUGCAGUUAAGAAGGAGCAGGAGGCGAUUUUUCAACGCAAACUCUGCCAAGGGAACCGUAACCUUACGUGGGAUGAUACCAGGCGCAUGCCCUUCACCACACGGGUGAUACAAGAAACCCUAAGAACAGCAAGUGUUGUGUCAUUCACAUUUAGGGAAGCAGUAGAAGACGUGGAGUUUGAAGGGUAUUUAAUCCCAAGAGGAUGGAAAGUUCUUCCACUCUUCAGAACCAUUCAUCACUCUGCAGAUUUCUUUCCUCAUCCCGAGAAAUUUGACCCUUCAAGAUUCGAGGUGCCACCGAGACCAAACACGUACCUGCCCUUUGGAAAUGGAGUGCACUCCUGUCCAGGCAGUGAGCUGGCUAAGCUUGAAAUGCUUGUCCUCCUUCACCACCUCACCAUUACUUACAGAUGGCAAGUGGUGGGAGAGGAAUCUGGGAUACAGUACGGGCCAUUUCCUGUGCCAAAGGGUGGUUUGCCCAUAAAAGUAAUCCCAAGGAAGAGGAAGAUUGCUUCCUAGAGUGGAUUUGAAAAAUUUUUCAGUGUUCUCAACGACAAAUUGGAGGUGAGAACUGAAAAGCAACUGCCCUUCAGGCUCCAAGUCCUUUUUUCUUCUUUUUAACCAUUUUCCAAAAUGUUGUGAUUGGGGAAUCCUUUUGUUUAUUACUGGUACUGGGUUUUCUUUUGUCUGGUUUGCCAUAAUUGUCAAAGCAGUCAUGCCUCCCAUUGAGACCCAAACUUCAAUCUGUUGAUACUCAAAGAGGAAAAAGAGAUGGGAAGAAGGGUUUGGUAAUGGUGUGAAUGUGGGAGGGAGCGAGAGAGUUUCGAGGGCUUUGAGGAUGAAUUGUGAGUGGUCAGAAUCAUGGAUAAGUUUGCUUUUGCAUUUUGCAUUUUGGUUGAUGCAGGCCCCCUGUGGAAGGACAAGGACAAGCUCAGCCUCGCUGGAGGAACCAGGUAAUGAUAACACUAAUAAUACCCAAAACCAAGACCAAGACCAAGACCCCAAAUGUUGUCUGUGUUUGAGACAUGUAACAUCAAGUACGGUGUGCACCCUAGAAUUCCACGUUGGUGCUGUGUCAGGGCACUGGAAUUUGGGCAUUAACAAUGGCCAAUUCAGCUUCACAGUGGAGGACUGGAGUGGAUGGGAGGGGAGGGACUUCUCUUUUUUCUUUUUCUUUUCUUUAUCUUUUUGGAACAUCUGUCAUUAAUGUCAAUUGCACUGGUAGAAAUUGAGGGGAGGGAGCCAACGUUUGACCAUCAACUUGGUGUUUAAGAUGGUGUUUGAUUUUGGUCCUCCCACUUUCUUCCAUUUUAUCUCUCUUCUGGUAAGGUUCAACUCUCUCACAUUGCCCUACAAAACCAUUUCUCUUUGUUGCCAUUUGGUUUCAACAUAGUUUUGAAGGUUUCGAUCUAGACCCUUCGACAGGUUUAACAUUAUGAUGUAUAUGGUUUCGUUGAUAUCUUAAAAACGUUCCUUGUUCUUACUA